AGCACAACCAGAGACCCGAAGGCCUAAAUCUUCUGCGCUGGGUUUUCUCCUCUUGUCCACAAUGAGCUCUCUUCCUCCUCCGUCCUCCAUGGAUUCUCCCACCCCCUCCACUCCCCCCUACCACCGCUCCCCCGAUCCCCGCCUCCGAAGCCGAACCCCCUCCCGCCUCGCCGUCUCCUUCGAAGACGACCACACCGAGAGCCACGCCAGCCCCGUCGCCACCCCUCCAUCGAGAAAGAAGCCCACGGCGUCGCUGCAUCAUCACCUCUCCGUCCACCCUUGCAGCCCUAUCUCCCUCCAAGAACUCCUCCUUCUCUCCCCCUCUGCUCAUCGGAGGCCCAGGCAGCGGCUCGUGGCAGAAGAGAAACUUGAUCAGGCCGUGGCCCAUCGCAAGAAAGGAAAGAGCAGGGCUGCUGCUUCCGCUGCGUCGCCGAGGAACGUUCGAAGGGCUCGGAGACGGCUGGAGAAGGAGAUCGUUAGAGAGGAGAGGGAGUUGGGUCCUCCGGAAGAUGAUGUCGGGAGGGCAAGAAAGCGGAGGCAGAGCCGGCCAAAGGUUACUCAGAAGGAGAGGCUGAGUUUGGUGGUUUCCAUCCCUUCUCCCGGUCCAUUGCCGAAAGCAGCAGAACUCGAGAAUGUUGAUGGCCAGACUAGGCUCGACAGCCUCGGAGAGCGGAUCUUGGAACUGAUAAUGUGGAAGAAUGUUGCAAAGUCCACCUUAUGGUUUGGAUUCGGAUCGAUAUUCUUCUUAUCUUCUUGUUUUUCGAGGGAUUAUAAUUUCAGUAUCAUCUCCGUGUUUUGUCAUUUGGGUAUCUUAAUUUUGGGCUUCAACUUCUUCAAAAAUUCUAUUCCACAAAGGCAGCAGCUGAAGUGGAAAGGGAACCUUCAGUUGAUGGAAGAGGACAUUCUUCGUGUCACUCGAGUAGUGUUGCCGAUUGCCAAUGCUGCUCUGGCAAAGACCCAAGAGAUUUUCUCUGGCGAGCCAUCCAUGACUCUCAAGGUGGCACCUAUUCUUCUAUUUGGGGCCAAGUACGGCCACUUGAUAACCCUGUGGAGGCUUUUGGCAACUGGUAUAGCAAAUGGUUUUUUCUUGAGUUUCACCGCCCCAAAACUGUACUCUUGCUACUCACAGCCAAUACAUAGGAGAGUUGAGAACACGAGAAAUUGGAUUCAGGAAGCAUGGGAAUCUUGCCCACGCAAGAGAUUUAUAGCAGCAUCAGCAGCCACUGUAUUCUGGAAUUUGUUUAGUGUCAGGGCACGCAUCUUCGCAGCAUUCAUCUCUGUAGUGAUACUCCGGUAUCACCAUCAACAACGAAUGGGAGAAGAAGAGAAUGGUGAAAAGGAAAGCAGGGAAGCAGACCAACAGCAAGCAAUAGUUCUAGCAGAGUAAAAGUCAUUUCAUGCAACUGGAGUAGGCAACCUCCAAGAACAUAGCAGCUUAAAGUGUGCCUGUAUCAUAUAUUUCCUUUAGUCUGUAUGCUUGCCAUAAUGUAUUGCUGAGAUUCAGAGGUAGAUGGACUACACAAUUAACAGGGUUGUAGUGAGUUGUUUGUUGCAUAUAGUAUCUCAUUCCCAAAGCACACUGCAGUUUGAAGCUAAAUAACCAUCCUGUGCUCCAAAGUCUGAAUUAUGAACAAAUGAUUCACUUUCAUUUUAAUAGUUCAACAUUAUAGCACUUGAUAGGGCAGUGCAAGCCAAGAAUCUGAAGAGAAGGAAACUGUGAGAUCUCUUUAGAACCGGUAAAAAUUGACCAUAGUAAUCGAGGCAGUGCAAGCCAAG